UUAUAAUCUUCGUUUUUAAUAUACUUAUUAGAUGGCUUGUAUCCUUGAAUUCUUAUUCAGGAUAUAACACACCACCAAUGUUUGGAGAUUUUGAGGCUCAGAGACAUUGGAUGGAGCUCACUUAUAAUUUGCCUAUCAAAGAAUGGUAUGUCAAUUCUACAGAUAAUGAUUUAUUAUAUUGGGGUUUAGAUUAUCCUCCUUUAACUGCAUAUCAUAGUUAUAUUCUUGGAUACAUUUCUAAUAAAAUAAACCCUAAUUGGACCAAAUUAUAUGAAUCUAGAGGUAUAACAGAUAAUGAUCAUAAGAUAUAUAUGAGAAUCACUGUAUUAAUUGCCGACAUACUGGUUUAUAUGACGUCAUUUAUAUAUUUUUGGUACUUAACUGCCAAAAGUAAAAAUCAAUGGCUCAUUUUGUCAUCACUUACUCUCCUAUAUCCAGGGUUGAUAAUGAUAGAUCAUGGCCAUUUUCAAUACAAUUGCGUGAGUUUAGGACUUUUAAUUCUGUCCUUAUGCUUUGCCUCUCUCGAUCGUCCCUUACUGACUGCCGCUAUUUUUUCUCUCGCGCUGAAUUAUAAGCAGAUGGAACUCUACCACUCUCUACCCAUGUUCGCCUACUUACUCGGAAGUUGUUUGUUCAAAUCGGGAAACAGCGUUUCAGGAUCGAAGCCUACGAGAACCGGAUUGGCGUUAUUUUUCCAAUUGGUUUUCGUCACCUGCGCAACUUUCUUGGUGUGUUGGGCUCCAUUUUUAUACGAAAAAGAUUCCUUCUUAUCCGUUUUGACCCGGCUAUUCCCAUUCGAGAGAGGAAUUUACGAAGACAAAGUAGCUAAUCUAUGGUGCGCUUUAUCGGUCUUCAUCAAAUUUAAAGCCAUUUUUGACCGAAAGACGCUAAUCUGUCUCAGCACGAUUUUAACGUUAUGCGGUUGUCUUCCUUCAUUCCUCAAAUGUCUCACUUGCCCCAAUCAAAAAUCGCUGACCCUGGCUCUGGUAUGUUCAUCGUUAUCCUUUUACCUAUUUUCGUUUCAAGUUCACGAGAAAAGUAUACUCUUAGUUGCCAUUCCAGUUAUGCUGCUAUUUCAAGAAUAUUCUUACUCCUGCGUCAAUUUCCUCAUGAUCUCUUGUUUAAGCAUGUACGCUUUAUUCGUGAAGGAUGGAUUGAUGCUGCCAUAUUAUUCCCUGUUCGUCAUGUACUUCCUGUUACUUUGUCAAGAGUUAUUGCUCAAUACUUCCGGCAGCCAUUACAUAAAAUUUUCUUACAAAAUAUUCUUAUAUCGCCUCUCAACUAUCCUUUCACUCAUCCUAAGUCUAUCAUUCCAUUGGAUCAAAUUGCCGGACGGGAAAUGGCCAGAUCUCAUGACUCUACUCAUUAGCCAAUUUUGCUUCCUCCAUUUUUUUUACUACCUCAUUUACUUCAAUUACAGAAUCAUCGUUUUCGACAAUUCGUCAUCUUCCGCGAAUAGUAAAGAAUUUGCGAAUCAGGCCUUACCUACCACGGGAAAAAAGGGGAUUUAGGCUAUUUUUUAAAAAAUAUUAAUUUACUUUAUAGACUUUUACCUCGUCAAGUAUCAUUUUAAAACGAUAGUAAAAGGAAACUAAUUGAUUCGUUUGGCCGACAAAAUAACUUGAUUCCAUUUGAUUCUUUACCUCGAUACAAAAACAGUAGAGUUCCUUUUUUAAAAAUUUUUAC